GGGCGCGAGGCGGGCGUUAGUCAUUUACUGUUCGUUUAUUCGACAAGCAGCAUCAUGCCCGAUCCAGCCAAGACCGCGCCCAAGAAGGGAUCAAAGAAAGCCGUGACCAAGACGGCCGGCAAAGGAGGCAAGAAGCGCAGAAAGUCCAGGAAGGAGAGCUACGCCAUCUACGUGUACAAGGUCCUGAAGCAAGUGCACCCUGAUACCGGCAUCUCAUCCAAGGCCAUGGGCAUCAUGAACUCCUUCGUGAAUGAUAUUUUUGAGCGCAUCGCCGGUGAGUCUUCUCGUCUGGCUCAUUACAACAAGCGUUCCACUAUCACCUCCAGGGAGAUCCAGACCGCCGUGCGCCUGUUGCUUCCCGGUGAGCUGGCCAAGCACGCCGUGUCCGAGGGCACAAAGGCCGUCACCAAGUACACCAGCUCCAAGUGAAGCGCGUUACCGCCGUCUUCAUCAACCCAACGGCUCUUUUAAGAGCCACCCACUUUUCAUACAAAGAGCAAU